AGAGAAUGCCACAGCCACCACAUCAUUCUCACUGAAUAUACCGAGAGAAGAACACCAGCAAUGAAGUAUCAGGUAGCGUUAGCUCUUUUUGUCGCAACCUGCGCAAGCCUUGUAGCAUCUUCCACAGGCCAAGAAGUUGAAGUCGUGGGAAAUGGCAAAUGUGGCAGAGCAUUUCCGCUACCACCGUGGCGGUCAUCCUACAGACUAAAGUGCACAUAUUUGUGCAGAGGCUGGCCAAUACGGUAUGACAACGAGCCCGAUGGUAUUCAUUGUGGGCUCCUUGCAGCCUUAGUCAAAACACAUGUCUGCAGUGGUGGAAAAUGUGUGAGAGCUCCAUCCGUCGAAAGCACAACUCAUGAGGAAUUCUUCACGACUUUGCCACCAACCAGCACGGAUAAACAGCCGACAACCGAGGAACCAUAUACCUCUGAAGAGAACACCACCUAUUUAUCUUCAACCGACGACUGAAUAGUUUCCUGAACCUGAUAUGCCCCCAGGCGACUCCCCAUCUCAACGCAAUGCAUGGCAUCAUGGGGCGUAACUUAAUCUGCACCGGUUCGGCCGUAACAAACUUCAUCGCGGUGCCACUGGGGCAAACAUCACUGAAGGCUAUACUAAUGUUAACGUAAGUAAGCCAGCAUAUAAUUGUUUGAGUAAAUAAAAAUGUUUCACAUAAA